AUGAGCCCUAGCUCCCCAGGCACACCCAGCCUUUCUCAGGAUGACUCCAGUCUAUUAGCUCUGUUCGCUAGAAUGCAGCCUUUGCGAGCUUCCCUGGACUUUCUACCCAUGCGUCUAUCGGUAUUUGAGGCUAGAGCUGAGAAGUCUUUUCCUACAGCAUGCGAGGAACUCGAAAUGCGCCGUACUGGUCUGGAUGGUAGCUACAAGAAGCUAGAGAAGGAUGCAGAAUCAUUGCGCAAGGAGUUGGGCGAGGACCGCUGGGUUAUUGUCUUCCGUGGAGCCGGCCGUCAAGCACAAAAGAUGCACGAGUCUGUCCAGCGAUCUUUGCUCAAGCUUGGCGAGGCCAUUGACACUGAAGUACAUUUACAAAGCCCGCCAACCAUGCUGAAAAAGAUUGAGAGCUACGAAGCAAAGAAGACGCACUACGGCCCUGCCAUCGAGCGAGUCCUGUCAAUAAUCGACAAAGGUGUCAAAGAUCGUUUGACAGUAAAUGGGGAAAUUCUCCGCCUCCACAAUGACAUGCAGACUCGGUGGGAAUCCUUGAAAGUACAAAUGCGAGACAUGGAUGCCAUCGUUGACGACAUUCAGGCAGACAGAAAGAGUCAACAACUCCGGGAUUCUGUUUCAAGCAUGCUUUCCAAUGAUAGGUCUACCGUCGGCAGCGGACGAGACACUCCAGGAAGCUCCCCGCCAUCUUCGGUCAUUAUGACGACCCUUGGUUUCGAACCGCACACUCCUCUCCCCAAAAGCAAGGGUCGCUCCCCUGGUCCCAACAAUGUUUCUCAGUCCGCAGGAAGAAGACAUUCCUCCUUGCCUGCUCCCGCGUCUUACCUCAACAGGAAAACGGGUUCCAGGUUGUCAACCAUCGCGAGCUCAUCUGCUGCUACCCCUGCCACCAACACAAGGACCCCUGGGCGUCCAGGUCCCGCUACUGGUCUAAGGCCUCCUUGGAAUGCCUCUACCAACACGACAGAUAUUGAUACCGGGCAUCACUUCAAACCUCUUAGCUUGACUACACCAAGUCCAUAUACAAAAACUACACCGCAGACACAACGAUCAGUAUCUGCGCUAACACCAUCCUCUGCAUCAAAACUCCCUACUCUGAGGGGAGCAUUUUCUAGGGCCGCUUCGGAGUCGCCAAAGGUGGAUGACACCCCUUCCAGAACAGGCCAUUCAAGGCUAUCGUUUCGAGAGCGACUUACAUCACCUGGUCCAUACUCUCAACAGACUCUGUCCAAACCUCGCCUAACUUCGCAAACCUCCAUGUCAGCCCUCUCUUCAAAUCGUCGAGUCUCGAUGCAGCCUACUGGCUCCGAAAGUGCCGUUGAAGAGAGUCAGCUGUCCCGCCCGGCAAGCUCUUUGGCUUCAAGUCAUCGUCGAACGAGUCUUUUACCGCAUUUUAAACGCGGAGAUGGCAGUACCGGUCGUGCCAGCCCUCAGUUAUCCACUGCUAGCCGAUCCGCGGCCAAGAAGAUCAGUGCAGAUCCCAAGGAUUCGAAGCCACGUUGGCGACACUGA